CACGAGGCCCACCUGACCUCCGCGGUCCUUCCCAGACUGUACUGCUAAACUUUUUUUCUUUUCUUUCAGUUAAGUAACAAAUUACUUUUGACAAAACGUAAUUUGAGUCGUAACGUCAUUACUUUUUAAAUGAAUAAUCAGGUAUUUGAUUAUUUAAAUUACUCCACAUUAAAUUGCCCAACACUGCGCAUAGGUAACAUCUAAACAUGAAGCGACUACUCACCAUGCUGGCUCCUUUCUGCUGUAGGACUUCUUCCAUUUCAUGACAUCAGUGCAAGAAGGGCAUCUCAUCGAUUUUCGGAGAAGGCCUUGUUUCAUCAACCACCUGAUAAACUUGUCGACUUCUUUGGGGCACUGUCUAAAAUAAAUUCGUCCUAAGAUCUCGCGCUGCAACACCGCCAUAUUUCUCUUUCUCGGUAGGAGGAUGCAGAAUAAGCAGACGCAGAAUUCCAACGGCACUUCAGUGAUUGACAUGAAUAUCCACCAGUCAGUGUUUAUCAUCCGCCUACUUCCUCUUAAGGCUUCCAAUCAUUACAAACUACGGAGCUGAUACGUAUAUUCCCUUCCCCUGUUUUUCGCGGUUGAAGAAGAGUUUGGAUCACGUUUGGAUCAAGUUUGGAUAUUUCUUGUGCUUUGAAAAUGCCCAAGGCAAAGAAGAAGACAGCUCUCCCCAAAGAUGAGUUGAUGACUAACUCAAAAGAGAGGACUAGCGAUGAGCUGCAUAAGUCAGGUUCUGAAGGUAAUGAAAGUCAGGCACCCAGCUGUAGCAGCCUCGGAUCAGGAUCAGUCUCCAAAGUGGAGUUUCUGGAAGAAAAGAUUCUCUGGCAGGAAAGGAUGAUCAAGGACCUUGAAGAAGAGCGAGAUUUUUUGCGUGCCCAAAUCCAGGGGGGGGAGAAGAAAACAACUCAACAAAAAGCCUUUACUUUGGAAGAUGACAUGAACCCCAGUGACAUGGAAGAUGACCACCCCCCAUCUUCCCCAAAUAUUAGUAUGUCGUCCGACAGUGAUGUCACUUCAAGACAGCCAAAACAUUCCAAGCGUCAUCGCACUAGGUCACUCACACCCACAUCUGCAACUCGGGCUCACCCUGGGCGAUCUCAUAGAGUCAAGGGGCCAGCAGAGGUCCUCCAGCGGUACAAUAAAGUUCUGAAAACUUUUUCACGGGUCCGAACGAUGACUGAAGCUUUCCGCAUCAAUGGUGUGGAUAGAGGCACCAUCAAGAUGACAGCGCCGAUUGCAGAAUUAAAAUAUGUGCACCCAGAAAAAUUUGCAUCCUUGAAAUUUGACCCUACUACGGAGACACUCCUGGCCUUUGCCAGGAAAUGCGCACGUAACAUCACCCCAGAAAAGCAAAUCAUAAUCGAGGAUAUGAAAUCCAAGGGAACACUCCUCCCUUUGCUAAUCAAGUAUUAAAAGGAUUGGACAUGCUUUACCAGUUUACCAGUUUUAACACUUUUAAAACGAGUUGUUUAAAAGCAGUUAAAGAAAAGGUUUGGUUUAAAAACGUUUAGGAAAUGUAAAGUUAAUUCUGCCAGUUGUUUGUUGUUUAACUGGUCUUCAAUUUGGACUCAGGCAUCUGUUUACAUGUGAUUACAUUUACAGUAGCCUUACUGUCUUUUUGAACUGUUGUCUGCUGAUUACUGUAUGUUUUGCAUUGACCUGAGUCUUUGCAUUUAGUAGUUGUGGUUGUACAAAUAUAGUAAACACUGAGCUAUUGUAAAUGCCAUUUUGAAUAUUGUUUUGAAAUGUCAAACUAGACCUGUCAGUUGUUUGGUUGUUUGACUGGGCUGGCCACUGGCUUCAAUUUGGACUCAUGUGCUCAUGCGGACAUAAUUAUGUUGUCCUUGAACAUGAAAGAGUCAUUUGCAUUGACCUGAGUCUUUGUAUUUAUUUUUGUUGAGCUGAAUGUAUGGCUUGACUGUUUACAGUUUACAAUAAAUGUUCUUGUACUUGUACUAAC